AUGGAUAAAUAUGCAUUUCCUUGCGACCCCCUCGCAAAUCCGGCGGCGGUGGUAUCAGGCCCUACAUACCGCUUCACACUCCUUAGCGAGACAGUUUUACGAUAUGAAUGGGCGGAAGAUGGCGUCUUUGAGGACCGUGCCUCGGCCUUUGCCGUCAACCGCAACUUUACCCCGCCAGAGUUCACCGUCACCGACACCGAGAAGCACAUCGAGGUGGUUGCUCGCAACUUCCACAUCACAUAUGACAAGAGACGGUUCAGUCGAAGCGGUUUCGUAAUUGGAUUCCCCAGUAAAGUUACGCUUUGGGGGGCAGACUGGCACUAUGGCGAGACGGCAAAGGAUAACCUCGGCGGUACGGCUAGAACACUCGAUGAAGUCGAUGGGCGUUGUGACAUGGGCGAGGGUAUUUUGUCGCGUUCAGGGUUUGCCACGCUUGACGAUAGCGACACCAUGCUCUUUGACAGGCAGGGUUUCAUCGCACCUAGAAGAAGCGGUGACCGUAUCGAUGGAUACAUGUUUGUCUACGGACACGAUUACAAAGGCGCUAUGAAGGCGUUUUAUGAUAUUUCUGGCCGCCAACCUGCUCUGCCACGUUGGGCAUUGGGAAAUUGGUGGAGUAGAUAUCAUCCGUAUUCGGCAGGUGAGUACAUCCAACUCAUGGAUGCGUUUGCGGAUCGUGAUAUCCCUCUGUCUGUUGCCGUCGUGGACAUGGACUGGCAUCAAGUCAAGGGCGAUCAUAUCCCGCACGCUGGCUGGACAGGGUAUAGCUGGAACAAAGAACUCUUCCCUGAUCCUCCUGGGUUUGGAAAGGCCCUUCAUGAUCGUGGUUUGAAAAUCACGUUGAAUGACCAUCCUCACGGCGGUGUUCACCAUCACGAGCACUUGUACGAGACCAUGGCCAAGGCCAUUGGACACGAUACAUCCAAAAAGGCACCAAUUUUAUUCAACCCCACUGAUCCGAAAUUCAUGGAUGCCUUUCUGAAUGUUCUCCAUCGCAGUAUUGAGAAAGAAGCCUGCGAUUUCUGGUGGAUCGACUGGCAGCAAGGCCCCAUCUCUCGAAUUCCCAGCCUCGAUCCGCUCUGGCUAUUGAAUCAUUUCCACUUCCAGGACCACAUCAACCAAAAUGGCGAAGGAAAGGGCAUCAUAUUCUCUCGAUAUGCAGGGCCAGGUAGCCACCGAUACCCAGUCGGCUUUUCGGGAGAUUCCAUUCGAACAUGGGAAUCGCUCCAGUUCCAGCCCGAAUUCACAGCUACCGCUUCUAAUAUUGGCUACGGAUGGUGGAGUCAUGACAUCGGCGGCCACAUGGGUGGUAUUCGGGACGACGAGAUGGCCACUCGAUGGGUUCAAUAUGGCGUGUUCUCACCAAUAUUCCGGCUGCACUCUUCCAACAGCCAGUGGACGUCCAAGGAGCCGUGGAAUUUCCGCGCAGAACACUACUAUGCAAUGAAGGGAUUUAUGCAGUUCCGACACAGAAUGGUUCCCUACCUGCAUACGGCGAAUCUCCUCGGCGGCGCUGAACCUCUCGUCCGACCGUUGUACUGGGGAUAUCCGACUCGUGGUGAAGCAUAUGAGAAGCCCAACGAAUAUUUCUUCGGGCCGCACUUGGUCGUCGCGCCGAUUGUUGAGCCGAGAAAUCCAGACACAAACCUUGCCAGCGCCAACGUCUGGGUCCCGCCAGGCCGGCACGUAGAUAUCUUCACGGGGGCAGUCUACGACGGCGACCGAGAAAUGCUAAUGUACCGCUCGAUCGAGACGAUUCCCGUUCUCGCGCCCGAGGGAUCAAUCAUUCCUCUUGAGGCAGAAGUGUUCCCAGAGAACGGGUGUUUGAAUCCGACUUGUCUCCGAGUUAUCAUUGUUGUUGGGAAAGACGGCGACUUCACCAUCCUAGAGAAUCCAGACGACGAUGCUGGUGCCAAACCGAGUCCAGCAAAUGGCGAUUCUGUAGAGUACCGCAAGAUCAAACUCGAGUACAAACAAUCCACGGGACGUCUGAGCGUAUCCGAAUCUACAAAGGCGUGGGAAUUCAAAUUCCUCUCUGUCAUGACGAUUCCGCCUGCGCUUGUAGUGCGCGCAGCUGGUGUAGUUACUGCUUGCAAAAUUCACGUGGAAGAUGUGCCAGACACGCCAGGUCUGGUUGUGAGAAUUCCUGCCCACGGCUCGGGUCACAACGUAGAUGUGGAAAUCACGCUGGGUCCUGAUCCGCAGCUCAGCGUGUUGGAUGAGUCGACCCGUUUGACAAGCUGGCUACUUCAUUUCCAGAUGGAAUUUGCCGUGAAGGACAAGAUAUGGGCUGCUGUGGAGGGCAAGAAGUCGCUGGCUAGCAAGAUUGGGGGAUUGAUAAGCUUGGGGCUGGAGGCGGACUAUACCGGCCCUUUGUGUAACGGUGGCUUAG